AUGUUACCACAACCAUAUAAUAAGACGUUCACAGGAAAGUACCCACACAAACGGAUCAUAGAAAGUCUUAAAGAAAGAGAAAACUCACAUUUUACGACCAUCAUUUGCUUGUCAACAACGGAAGAAGUCAAUUGUCAGCUGUAGUAAGAGUUUGAACAAUAAUUUGUAUCUGACGAAAAAAAUGCUUCAAGUGUUAUUUAGAAAAUGUUGUCGUAUCUUGUGGAAAGACCUAAGUUAUCAUCAGCAUAUUAUAUGGCUAUUUCUACUGAUUCUGUUAAGUCAGCAGCAGCGGGGCAUUGAGGGUAAACCGACAAAAUGGAAUCACAGCAUACAACGCCGUUUUAUGUGGAAACAAAUGGACAGUUCAGUCGAUGGAUUUGUAGACCGUGUCGUGACAGGGGCACGCGUUAUGAAAAGUAUGAUUGGCGAUUUCAUGCCACCGAAACAGACCACCUCAAAUGUCAUGGACUAUUUACCCACAGAGACAACCAGAAUAAAAUACAUUAUUCGUAAUCCUCAUACCAAAGAAACAAAAGUGAUAAGAGUUCGGCCUUCUAAGAAAGUUGUAAAAUUAAUGGCAAUGACACCAAAGCCACUGAUGUCAGAUAAACCCAAAUUUAUGCAUAUCAAUGAACCUGAACAUGUGGCAGACAAACUGAAAUCCAUGAAUAUGAAAGAUGCCGAACAUGUGACUGAAAAAUUCAAAUCUAUGUACAUGAUAAAUCCCGAGAAACUAAGACAGAUAGAAAAGGAGCAGGAAUUAAUAGCAGAAGGUAGAUUACCCAUGAAAGGCGGAGCAAGGCCAAAUUAUAUGGCAUAUAGAGGUGAAAAACUAAAGGAUACAAAAGAUGUUGAUAUGGAUUUACAUUCGGAUAAUGGAAUUGUUAGGGGCAGAAUACAAGAGUUUCACGAUAGUUGGAAACCGGUUUAUAAAGUGGGUGAUACACCAACAGGUUUUACAACAUUCAAGCCUUUCAUGAUGAGUGCCUUGCAUACCAGUGUAGUGGGUGAAUUACUGCCUGAGCCUCAAAAACAAGUGUAUGAACCUUUAACUUCCAAUGAUUUUCCCGAAGAAGAACCAAAAAAAUCACAUACGUAUGAAGUUACCGAAUAUACAGCUGAGGAGUCUGUUGUUCAACCUUAUACUCAUGAAUACUAUAAUCAGCGAAAUCCAACUUCGUCAAGAGGGUCAUAUAUAAAGCAUUCUCCAGUCACAACUGAAUCUCCAAAUAUUAUUACACAAAUAGAAGAUGAUACGGCUACAAAGCCUUAUCGUAUUGAAUAUCAUUCACAGCGCGGAUUUUUACCAUCAAGGGGAAAUUACCGAAUAAAUGAAGCAACCUCUACGACAACAACUACAACAACAACAGAGCCAACUACAACCACCACUACUACCGAAGAACCCAAUUAUCCAGCUAUAUUCUUGAAAAAAAUUCGUAAUCGUCCAAACAGCAAUUACAAUUCUAAAGUACAACAACGCAGUAAACAACCUGAGUUACCACUUGAUAAUAGUUGGAUACCUUCAAAUGUAACAUAUUCUAGUCAUAGAGACAAACAUAUUUCUCCAUAUCAUCAACCCCUCACCUCAAAUAACGCACAGCGAACAAAGUCCCAGAAAUGGCCACCAGAUGUCGAGGAAACAUAUUUAAAUACAGAAAUAUCAUUGUCAUACGACAUUUCUACUACAACGGAAGUGCCCCAUCUGCAAGAAUAUACAACACAGUCCAUUCACAGCAGUAGCAAUUCCCGUAAAAAUGUACGACUUAAAACUCAUCACCAUUUUUCACCAUCAUUCAACGAAUCGAAGCACAGAAAUGUUAGGCAGAGAGGUUCAGUGAAAUAUGGGGAUAGGUUAGAAAUAGAAGAACGCUAAAAAUUCUUGUAUUAAGUUAAAUGGAAAUUAUAGAUUGUAAGUUUUGUAUAAAUUCUAAGUAGAUAUAACAAUAAUAUUAAUAAAUUAUUUUUAAGCUUUAUUAAAUUUUAUAAUUAUAAGGAUUGUAAAUAAAGAAAUGCUUCCUUGCAAUAUAGGAAAUAAACAAGAAAUAAUUUAUAUAUAAUAAAUUUUGACACAAUUAUUUGUAUAUUUGGGAAUAUGGCGGAUUUACGUCUACA